AUGGUUAAACAAGUCUUGAGUGAAUUUUUUAGUCCAACAAGGCUGUAUUUCGUUUGCGGCAAAGUCUACGAGAAUGGGACCUACGCCAAUCAAGUCGUGCACUGGUUUGUUCAGCACAAGUUACCGGUGGUACCAGUGACUCCAAGAGGUGGUGUUGUUAAUUUAAUGGACAAUUCGAUCACUAGAACAGUAACAGACUCACAGGAACUGGCCAUCCAGAAAUCGAUAUCAGAUGGAUUGGAAGUUUCACCGCUCAAGUCCCGUAUCGAUGGCAUAAGUGCGUGUUUCGUAACUCCGCCUGCAAUAACGCUUACGAUCCUGAAUGAGCUCAAAGAAAAGAAGUCUCCCGUUAUAAGCGUUUGGUUCCAACCGGGGUCCUGGGACAUGAAGUGCAUAAAAGCCUCUGAAGAAGGUCUCAAGAUUCCCAGUUCCAGGAUAAUUAACGAUUGUGUGCUUGUCAACGGUGCUGGACACUACCGUCCAUCUUCUUUGACGAUAUGA